UUGACUUAACCAGAAAUCAGAGCCAGCAGCAGCAGAACAGACAGAAAACCUGAAUUUUUUUAUUUUCUUCCGAAUAGAUUUUCAAGGAAAAACCGCGAUUUAAAAGUGAAAUGCUUUAGUUUGAAAAAGUCUUCAAUUUGAUAAAAUAAGAAUAGGUUAAGUCAUGCUGUGUGAUCAAAUUUAGAAGUUGUCCAAACCAAAACACUAACGAAGCCUCUAAAAUGAAACGCUCAGUCUCGCCGGACUUUUUAUCUGCAUCGCCAACUGCAUCGGAAGCGAAACGUUUCAAUCCUUUUAUGGCACCACCGAAUUUACAACAAUAUAACCAAAAGCACCAGUCGCAGCAGCAUCAACAGCAACAUCAACAACAACAUAUUCAAAUCCACCAGCAGCAACAAAUCCUAGCUCAACAGCAAAUGCAAGCUGCUGCGGCAGCUCAACAGCAACAGCAGCAUCAGCAGAAGCAAUUUCAAUUGCAACACCAAAUCCAGCAGCAAUCCCAAUAUGGAACCAACCCGUCGUUCUUCAACCAACAAGCCUACUUCCCCAUGAGCCCAGUUAGCAUGUCUCCCUUCUCCGCCACAGCUCCACCGAUGAUGUUCAACGGUAGCCCUUCGUGGAACUUCAUGUCAACACCUCCACCUUUCUUCACUCCUGCUUCUAAUCCAGCAAACGGGUCAUCACAACCGCCGCUGCCUCCGCCGGAGCUAAAGCCAGAGAAGCCGCCCCUUCCAAAGGAUCCAGAACCUCCACUAGGACACCCGAAAAGGAAGGACUUCUUGAUCAGACCAGGUAUCGGGUCGCCAAGCUAUAAUUCGCCAGGUCUCCGAGCACCGGGUUCAGCUGCAGGUCUACGCAUUCGAGGGGUGAACGCGUUAAACGGAGCGAUGUAUAAUGGUUUCAGCGCUGGCCCCGGAGCGAUCAGAGGACCGCCUCCGAUUAGACAGCAAUCACCGAACACCGGCAGUGGCAUGAGUUCUCCGUACGGCCGGAACCGUCGACGGAACCCGCACCACUUUCCUCCCAUGAACCAACAAGGCCCCUUUCCUCGAAUGGAUUCCAGUCACUUGGGGGAUUAUAAUGAGUUCAACGAAGAAGAAUACCCAGCUGGUCCGGAGAAGCUUACAAUUAUUAUGAACGAGGCUGAUAAAGGCCAGAUUCAAGUCAACAAAAAGGCCAAACGGAAGCCAAUGUCGUCUCGGUACUCGUCUCGCUCUAAAGAGUGGGUGCGGGAAGAUGCGGAAGCCGCUCUGGCCUUGGAAAAGGAGUAUAGUAAGGCAGCAAGACGGCAAAUGUUGAUACUCAAAUUCCCUGAUCCCGAUCUGAACAAGUACAUUGUCAAGAAGUACUCGCCCUUCAUAGAAACUGUCCACUUCCAACAGCCCUCAACACCUCGGUAUUGCUUUGUCCAGCUGAAAGAGGGUGCAGACACGGCCAAGGUUCUGGAAGCCAUUCGCGAGAUUCCUUUUGGAACCGGUAAAAUAGCCGCGGAGCCCAAGAUUCAACCGGCCGAGGACCAUAAGGUGUCGCCGGAAGAAAUCGAUCCUUACACACUGUACAUAGGAAACCUCCCCACUUCAAUAUCGGUGAAAGCAGUCAAGACGCACUUCCCCAAUGCACAGCGCAUCGACAUUGGAUACGCCCAGCGCAUGAGGUACACGCGUUAUGCAUUCAUUCGAUACAAUUCGGUCGAGGAGUCAAUGAAAGCCUACAAGAACACCGUGAACGCUCUGCUAGAGUCACGCAGUCUGAUUGUGCGCUUCCGUCGGCAGAAAGGCAAUAUUGGACUGCCCGGAGAGACGAAGGCGAUGGCUCCACAGCGUGAUGGCCGGGAAGCGGCACCAGCUUCGAAGCCAAAAUCUUGGGAUGAUGCAGAGGGAGAUGAUGACGAUUACCACGAAGACGAAAAUGCCUUUAUGUUGGACGAGAUUGAGGAGGAUGAUGAUGAUAUCAUUUUACAAGAGGAUGAGGGUUUGAAUUCACUAAGAACAAACGGCUUGGCUUUUGCUAUGGUACAUCCCAAAGACGAAAUUGAUGGGAACAAAGAAGAGGAGGCUUCAACUUCCUAUCAAAAACCGAAGUCAACUAACGAAGAGACCACAAAGAAACAAAAAGAAGCCACAAAAACUCCCGAAGCAACCACACAACCAUCAACUGCCCAAUCUACACAAAACACAACCCUAAAAGAAGCUGCCACUCCUCAACCAAGUGUCCAAGCAACAACCUCAAAUGCCUCAGGUCCAGAAGAACCCAUUGACACGAAAGCCAAUGUCCUGGACAAGGCUAAGGAACUCUUACAAACAACAGCAGCUGACACCCGCCCCAAGUUCGAAUCUCCAGAUUGUAUUUGCGUGAAUCCUCCAGAAACGGCUAGGAAAGUUCGACUCGAGGGUGUUAAGGUGGAAAACAAUUUAGAUGAAAGUAGUUCCGAUAGCGAUGGCAUCAAUUUGCUGGGGACGAGGGUGAAGGAUGAAGUCAUUGAUGUUCCCGAACCCCCGCUCCAUCCCACAAUGGAUGAUAUUUAUUUGGAUGAUUACGAAUACGAUGACAUGGAUGGAGAUCCUGAAGAGGAAGAUGAUGAUUGGGCAGAUACUUCCUUGUCAACGAGGGCAACUGACUGGGAAGAAAUUCGCAGGCGCGAAUUAAGUGCCAAAGAGGAUAAACCAGAUUUGAAGCAGUUGGGUCAAAUUAGUGAUACAUUAUCAACACCUGCCGCCAAGGUGCUACCAAUUGUCGCAGAUCUCGAACCGAAGUCCGAAUUCGAGAAACUAUACAAUGCACAUCGAGUUCACAACAUUGGAGGUACUGACGACCUUAAUGAUAUAUUUUCCGAGAUGAAUUCAGAUCUGGAGGACGACGACGAUGACCAAUUUUAAGUUAGACAAAUGAAAACGGUUUUUCCGAGCCAAAAAACUUGGGUUAAAUCUCGGAACGAUGUGUAAUUAAGAAUAAAUUGAUUAUCUUAUGUAGCCAGGCGCAGGAGUUUGGCGCGACUGAGCAUACUCUUAAAUAUUAUUUUUGAACCUCGCCUGUUAGAAUCCCAAAUCUUAAACUAUCAACUAAAGUGUCUGAAAUUUGAGAGGGGAAAGGUGAAAAAUCCGGGAUUAUUAGGCGCGAGAAAUGGUGCGAUAUUUUUUCAGGUAAAACUUUUAUCAUCGGAAGGGAACAGAACCGAAAUUAAAACAAGAAUAGGAAUUGCGAAAAUCAUGGAGAAUUGCCAACUUUUCAAAUGUGUUGCUAAUUUUUCGGCUUUAUAUUCAAAAAUUUAAAGUUUUUUACUUAAACUGACCGCCGGGAAUCAGAGAAUCCGGAAUCAAGAUUUAUGAGGAUUUGUUUUUGAUACACGUUUUGUUGAUGUUCUAAAUAAUUUUUCAACUUGAAAGUUACCAGCGUAAAUUUCCCCGAGUUCUAAAGAAAAUAGCUUCGUACACGCUUUUGUCAGAAGUAGCGAACAUUAAUCUAUAACCCAAAACAUAAAUUAUUGUAUAUAAAAAUUCAUAAUUUUAACCACAUCAUUCAACAAAAAUUGUGAAACAACAAUUUAUCAUCCAAGUCAUACAAAAAUUGUUAGAUGUUAAGAAAAAUCAUAACUCAUAUAGGCGUAAACUCUCAAGUCGGGUUUCCCGAAACCAGUGUAACAUUAUAUUUUAAUUUUGAAAAAAUAUUUAAAAUAAUAUUAUCGUGGAUUUAAUCGUACUAUAAAUAUUUUUUUACGAAAUAAAUUUGUAAAACUAUUUCUAUGACAAAAUUUAAUUAUCUUAACUUGUAUGUUUGUUAUUUAAAUUUGUGUCAAUAGUUUGUCUUUAAGUUACAUUUUUUUAAAAUAUUAUUAAGCUACAUUUAAAGUUUAUGUUUUUACACUUAAUUUAUGAUUAUAAAACUUUUAUAUGAUAUUUUAGAUUUAAGAAUAAAACGAAAAUGGAUAGUUUAG